AUGGGGGAAAAAAUAGAGAGACAACGGCGUCCACGGGCGCUCAUGAAGCCGGGGGCGUCCGUCCGACCGAGUAUAAAAGGGCGGCGACCGCCGACUGAAACCUCACAUCACUUCGACGACUCGAACCGAUUCAUUCACGUUCACACUUUUGUGGAAGUUGCUUAUCCGAAAGCUAGUCCAAGUCAAAAACUCGCACCCCAAAGAAACAUGUUCUCCAAGGCAUUGAUCGCAUUCUCCUGCUUGUUGGCCGUGGCGUCCGCGUCCGUGCUGCUGCCGGGGCCUCACGGCCUGGCCAGCGACGCCGCCGUGGUGUCCGUCAAGCAGGACGCCCUUUCCUUCGGCUACAAGGUGGACGAGACCAACAGCCGCGCCUACGCCGCCCCCAUCGCCUACGCUGCACCCAUCGCCUACGCCGCCCCGGCGCCGCUGGCCUACGCUGGCCCAGCCGUCGUCCAAAAGACCCUCCUGGCCCAAGAGCCCAUCAUCACCAAGACCAUCCACGCUGAGCCCACCGUCGUGACCAAGCAAUUGUCCUACGCCCCUGCCCCGAUCGUGGCCCAAAAGUCCUACGGUCUCCCGAUCGUCAAGGCCUACGCCGCCCCUCAAUACCACGCCGAGUACCUGCCCAAGCCCUAUGCUUUCGGCUAUGCCUACGGCGCCGGUGGCGUCCGUGCCCACGGCUACGCUCCGGCCGCCAUCCCCGCGGCGUACGGACUCCACGGGCUCCCGGCCGCCUACGGCCACGUCUACUAAACAACCUGUCCCCCAUCUCGCCAUCAACAAAACAGUUCAAAUGACAGCAACGAACAAAAGAGGGAAAAAAGGAAAUCUAGUGAAAACGGAACCCAGCAACCCGUCAUCCCGGCCAUCUUUCGAUCCCACCGCCAGCAUAUGUAGCAAGCAGGAGUUUAUUUUUUUUCGCUUUUGUACCGUAGAAAUUUAAUAGUUUGCCAAUUCCCCCCCACAGCAAAAAAAAAAUUAAAAAAAACAGCAAGAAAUUUUAAAGCAACAGCAGCAUGAUGAUCAUGAUGAUGAUGAUGUUGAUGAUGAUGUUUUCUUCUAAUUUUCUUUUUGGUGCGAGGUGCGCAAGCAAGUGAUGAACCUGAUUCGGCAUUCGAUGUCGUCUCUAUAUUUGACUCUUUAUUCUUUUGAUGUUUUUUUUUUGUUUUUUUUUCCCCUCAGGUGUCUCAUUUCUGUCAUUAUUUUUUACAUGGUGGAUUUUUUCCAUGCAUUAGGACUCUUUGAUUUCAACAAAAACUCGCGAAAAGGUUUUUUUUUCGUGAGAUCCGCUUUUUUUUUGCAUGUGGUCUCAAGAAAAAAGAAAAUAAAUUGCAUUGAAAAUUUCGAAAACA